AUGCGCCGCACCCGCGUUCAACCAUCACAACCUGCAAACGAUGUAUGGCGUACAGCAGUAGAAUACUUCCGCUUGAUCGGUCAUGGACUUCAUCUCACCAACAAUCAGCUCGGCUUUGUGCGAGAUAUGGUGGCUCCAGAUGUGGUAUUCAACUCAGAAUACGGCCCGGAGGCUAUUAUGCAGCACUGGUGCUUUAUGGACUGGUUCGGCGAUGUGAAUGUGGAACUCAAAUGGGAGGCGACGGACGGCGAGUCGCUGGUGGGAUCACAACUACCAGCGUGA